AAUUCUGAUUAACAUUACACAUAAUAAUUAAUUAUAAUAUCUUUAAAUAAUUUCUUAUUUGCACGAUUUUUACAUGUUGAACUGGUUUGAGACGGCGUCAGAGUACCUCAAAGCACAGCCAAAACCACCAAGGGACGUUUUAAAACUCAUCGAAGUUUUUUACGAGAUUUCCAUGAGUCUAUGUCAGACCACCAUUUCAGGAAGCAACAAGAUCCUGGAUGUAUUUCUUCUGCGGUUCGGCGCUGUUGUUUUGGAUUAUGAGGUACCUUUCUGUCUUCGUCUAGAGGCCAUCAGAACAAUAAACUCCAUGUUAGAUAGCAGCCCCAAAGACGUAAGGAAGAAACUUUGCCACUCAAAUGACCAUAUCGGGCUUUUAGAAGACUUGGCAAAAGUGCUGACAGAUAUUGGUGAUUAUGAAAUGCAGGUGGCCAUUUCUGAAGCACUCUGUAGAAUGACACCAAGGAAACUGAGAGGAGACUUUGCUGGGAAAUGGUUUAAUUUUAGAAGCUUUGCUUCAGCUUUUACUUCAAUUCGUGACAAAGAUUUUGAAACUGACUGUAGGACAUUUCUGAAUGAACUGAAUAGUUAUUUUGGGGGUUCAUCAAGAGUCUUUUCAUUUCCUUGUAUUCAAGCUUUUCUUGGUUCAACUGAGCUCUUAAAGCCUGAAGACGAGUUUCUACAGGAGUUUUGGGUGGACUUCAACCUUGGAACAUCAACCAUUACUUUCUUUGUAAAAGACCCUCAGAACACGCUGUGGGAACUGAUUCACCUACCUAAAGACAUUGUCAGAACAUAUGAUGUUCAAGAAUGCGAUGACAGGAAGAUAUUGGCUGUUCACCUGACUACACCAAUCUGUCAGGGAGGGAUCACAGGCAAAAUGGUCAAAAUAAUUUUUAGCUCUGUGCACAGCAUCGAAACAGCCCUACUGAGAGUGUUUGAGGAGAAACCACAGUCUGCCACAGUUUCAAAGGACACUCUGCAAUCCGGAGAUAGCUUGACCAUGACAAAAGGACCCCAACAUGAGCAACCAGUGAUCCCUUGUAUAUUUACAAGUUCCCCUGCUGGAAAAUUCAAAAGCAUCCAUCGGCUUUCUCUUCUUUUGAGUGGACCGAGAUCAAAAGUGAAAGGAAACAGAUGCCAAGACAUCUUUCGUUUUAAGGAUCAUUCAGAUUCUGAGGUUGCACGUGCCAAAACAAUGUUAUUCUGUCAGACGUCAUCAUCAUCAUCAUCAACUAAUGGGUCUACAAAAUCCCUUCCUGACACUUUGAGUAGAACUCCUGUGAAGAAGAAAAUGAGAAUGACGCAUUCAGAUAAAGGAUCUCAUCGUGAAGGGACACCACAAGCUGACUACCAUAGAAGAAAACCCAGAGCUAAGAGCAAACUCAGAGUUCUUCCUUUAUCUUCACCGAGCAGUAAUGAAGAGGAUUUCUCCAAGCUAUCAAUACCCAAAGGAGUUCAAGAAAUGAAAAACAUGGCAAGUGAAGAUGAUGACUGGUUUGAACACAAACUAGAGAAAUCAUUUAUCAUGCAAUCAUCUUCACUCAAAGACACUACUGCUGAUUCCGGUUUUCAAAACAAGACUGUUUCUGAAAGCAGUUUACAAGCAGAUGAACUUGAUCUUAUGGAAGAGGAGCAUAUUUUAGAUAAAGCAUUACCUUCUCAAAGAAAUGAAGCAAUUGAAUCCUCAGAACUGCAUGUGCACUUAAAUGAAGAGGCAGAGGUGCCUAAACAACCGGCAUGCCCACCUAGAAGACCUUUCCUGUCUGGCCCACUAGAGGAUGCUGCAGAACGAGUAACUGAAGCUCUAAUGGAAGGUGGUGAGGAGUCAGAGGAAGAGUUGGGUGCUGGUGUUAGAAAAGCAUUUAACUCGUUUAAGAUUCAGUUGAGAGCACACUUUUCUAGCAGGUACAAGAAAAUCGAAGCCAGAACACUGCAGUCUUUCACAGACUGUCAGAGAAAUGUGACCUCCCUCCUGGGAACAGUACACAAUCAAAGGUUAUUGCAUCUGGAGCAGUUCCAAAACACUGUGGUGCACCAAUUGGAAUGUUUGGAACAGGAUUGUCUGUCGCUCAAAUCCAUUGAAAAGGAGACUGUGAAUUUCUGGCGGUCAGAGUCGGACACAGUCCGGACAUUCUGUGAUAGACAGCAGAACAGAUUGCAUUCUCUCUUACUACCUGAUGCAAGUGCACAACCAUCAUCAUUUAGUGUAUCAGCACAAAGAGAGGCAAAAAGCACUGUGAUUUAUGACAGUAAAGGAGGAUAUUACAUUUUAUGUGAAAACACAUUUCUGCCCAAAUAUAUGCAAUGACAGCCAAAAUGCUCAACAAAUGAAAGGGGGAAAAAAGGCAAAAAUGUGCAUAAAGAUGCACAAAGGGUAAAUGAUUGUGUAAGUAUUUAUCAUGUGUGCAGUUAAUAAAUACUAAUUAGAAGGUGUGCAAGUCAAAAUUGAAAUGUCCUCUUUUCCAGCCUCCCUCCCCUCAAGAACAAUCACCCAUGAUGGUUCCCAUGUCAGAGACGACCACCACAGAUCUCUAAUAGGUCUAUGCACUAAGAAGCCAUUUCUUUUCGUGUGGCACUUCUUUUCUUUUGCCCAUCAUAUGUGUGCUCUUUCUAAUUAAAACAAUUGAAUAUUGUC